CAACAGGAAAAGGGGCGAAAGAAAGAUGGUGACUCGCGUUGCCUGCCGGUAGUUGUAGUUUUACUGGGCUCUCCUUCGUCGUCUUCCCCACUCUGCAGCCCAAGGCAAAGAGUCUGAGAGACCACAUUUCCUAGGAUGCCGUGCGGUGCGUCCAGCUGCACUUCCUCCUUAGGCGGAGGGGAAGAUUCAGGGAAGCUUGGUUAAAAACAGUUAUGGCAGUGGGAGUCGAAGCGAGGGUCUGAAGUUCACGACUACUAGAAGGGGAGGGGAGUGGAAAGGCUCUCAGUGAAAAAGGUAUGGAACCCUUCAGAUCAAAGCUUACCAAUAAAUUCAGUAGGUAGAACAGAUUAACGUAGUUGAAAUGAGGAAGAAUGAGAGUUAUCUCAACCAGCCAGCACCCCCUACCCCCAUUCCCACACUUUCCCUCAUGGGAGGCUGCCGGGAGCACUUCGAAAACCACUGGAAAGGCCGGGCACAGUGGCUCACGCCUGUAAUCCCAGCACUUUGGGAGGCCAAGGCAGGCGGAUCACCUGAGGUCAGGAGUUCGAAACCAGCCUGGCCAACAUGGCGAAACCCCAUCUUUACUAAAAAUACGAAAAUUAGCCAGGUAUUAGAAUUAUUUCUGAAUUAUCAGUCUCUCAUUUGUGCUUUGGGGAAGCAGAAAAGGCAAAAGGGGUCUUUGGCCAUCUGCUGGAGCUUCCAGGGAGGAUGUGUCUCCAAGAGACCAGGUGUACCGAGUUUGAAAUCCCAGAAGCCCAAGAGGAAAAGAACCACAGGGAGGAAAAGACUGUCCAAAGGCUUCUGGAGUCUUCUGUUCUCUAACCUUGGAAGGUUUUGAACAAUAUUUCUCAGAGGAUAGCCUUUCACUUAUUCAUCUGUCCAGCAUGACUCAUCCCCAGGAGUGUUGAAUAAAGAAGUAGUCGCAGACAGAUUUACCAACUUGCCCAAAGACAUGCUAUUAACAAAAGGAAGACCUGUCAAAUUCCAAAGCCCAUGUUCUUCAUUAUCAUGCCGUCUGGUCCUCAAGUGUAAAGUCAACUCUCCGUGGGGAAAACAAAAAGCUCUUUAUUGUGUUAAGAAAGAAAACUUCCGGCCGGGCGCGGUGGCUCACGCCUGUAAUCCCAGCACUUUGGGAGGCCGAGGCGGGUGGAUCACGAGGUCAGGAGAUCGAGACCAUCCUGGCUAACACGGUGAAACCCCGUCUCUACUAAAAAUACAAAAAAUUAGCCGGGCGUGGUAGCAGGCGCCUGUAGUCCCAGCUACUCGGGAGGCUGAGUUAGGAGAAUGGCGUGAACCCGGGAGGCGGAGCUUGCAGUGAGCCGAGAUCGCGCCACUGCACUCCAGCCUGGGCGACAGAGCGAGACUCCGUCUCAAAAAAAAAAAAAAAAAAGAAAGAAAGAAAACUUCCACACUAAUUUAUUAAAAUUCCUAUACCAAUUUAUUAAAGGCUUUAAAUAAAAAAGAUUUUCAGUUUUA